ACUCCCUCGCAACCAACCCGCGGGGAGGGACCAUAGCAACCAGACCCCUCCAUUGCCCAGCUCUAAGUCCCCAUGGCAACCUCCCCUAGCAACCAGCUCUCCUUCCCAUAGUAACCAGGAGAGGAUUACAGUGCCCAUGGUCGGGGAGGUCAGUACCCCCGGUUGCCAUAGGGAUGGGGGUCACUGGCCCCAGGGGUGAGUGGGCCAAGGGGCAUGAACCUGCCACAGGCCCCCCGGGCCCGCCCUGUCCCGCCUCUCGGCUAUAACUGCCCCCUCCCAGCACAGGGGGGCAUCUCCCAGCCAUGCUGCCUCUGCUGCUGCUCCUGCUCGCCGGCCCCGGGGGAGCCUGGGGGGGCCGGGACCCCAACAGCGUCCUGGAGGUGGAGAACGGGGGACCCUGGGGGGACUGGGGGCACAAGGAGUUCUGCCCCCGGGGCACCUACGCCAGCGCCUUCACCCUCAAGGUGCAGCCCCACCAGGGCUGGAGUCACUUCGGCGACGACACAGGGCUCAACGGCGUCCGGUUGAUCUGCACCGACGGCAGCAGCGUCCUGUCCAGCGAGGGCAAGUGGGGCUUGUGGCAGUCGCCCCGCGGCUGCGGCGGGGGGACUUUGGUGCAGUUUCGGCUCCGGGCUGAGCCCCCCCGCGGCCCCUUCCGUGACGACGAGGCGGCCACAGACGUGUCCAUGCUCUGCUCCAACGGGCGGGAGGUCGCGGGCGAGGGCAGCACAAGCGGGGACUGGGGCAACUGGAGCCGGCCCUGUGCCUUUGGGGCCGUGUGUGGGCUGCAGACACGAGUAGAGCUGCCGGGGGGGCCUGGCCAGGAUGACACCGGCCUCAACGACCUGCGCCUCUUCUGCUGCAACUGACCCAUGUGAGACCGCCUGCCAUAUGGCGCACCUGCACCAGCCCCACGCGAUAUUGUCACCCAUGAGAAAUCUGCCCCACAUCCCCACCGGUGCCCCUCACUCCCGACCCGCAGCCCAAUGCCCCCAAAUGCAUGCAAAGUUUCACAUGUCUGAGCCCCUGAGAGUUAUUUGGGAGUGGGGGUAGCGGAGCUGCUGGGGGCCCUGAUCCGGGUUGGAGGGGAAGCUGAGCCAGGACACUGCAGGAGGCAAGGGGUUAAUUUCUACCCCCACCCCCGACCUCAACCCACAACGUGGCAGCGGCCCGAACACGGUGGGGGCUCCCCGGUCCUGCCCCCCUGCACCUCUGCGGUCUCUGACCUCAAGGGAUAAAGGGGCCUCAAUCCUGGCACCAUCCAGGAGAGGCGGGACUGGGGGGGGGGCAUUCUCCCAUGAGCCUUUGCGGGGGGGCAGCUGGUUAAGGACCCCACUGCUCCGGCCAGGGAAGACCUCUCACUCCGGACCCGCAGCCCCACCCCCAGCCCUGCCGAUGCCCCUCACUCCUGACCCGCAGCCCCCCGGGGCCAGGCUCCGACUACAGUUGGUCUCUGCUCCACGGUGUCUUUAUUGCCCCUGACCCAUCCAUGCCCCCCGCAAUACCCUGACACCCUCCCCCACCCCGUGGUUAUCUCCGGCGCUUGUCCCCCCGCGGCUGCCUCUUGUCCUUGCGCCAGCUCCGGCCUGCAGUGGGUUCAGAGCCACAGGAGGCUGCAGGGGAGGGGCUGGGGGCGGGG